AUGCAGAUCCUCAUCCUCGGAGCAACCGGCCGUACUGGCACUCAAGUCGUACUGCAAGCCCUCGAGCGCGGACACAAUGUCACCGCGCUCGUCCGCACGCCGUCCGCGCUAGACGAAAUCACCGCCAACCUGCCCGCUGAGCAGAAAUCUAAUCUGACCGCUGUCAAGGGGUCGCCCCUCAAUGUCUCGGAUGUCACCAACGCCAUCAACACAGCUGCCAGUCCAAACAGCAAGCUUGUGGUCAUCUCAGCUCUGAACUCGCGCCGCACGUCUGAAAAUCCCUGGGCGGCACCGCACCCUACCGACUCACCACCCCGUAUGAUGGCUGAUAGCACUGCCAACGUACUCUCCGUUCUUGCAAAGACAACUGCUGGCUGGGCUGAGAAGCCCAAAGUGGUGUAUGUCUCUGCGAUAGGUGUCGGGAAGUCCGGGCCCAACGCGCAUUGGGUGCUGCGUACCCUGAUCUCGCACAGCAACGUCAAGCUCACGUACGCGGACCACGACGCCGCGGAGGAGGAGCUGAGAAACGCUGGCGACGGCGUUAAAUGGGUCGUUCUGCGGCCCGGGCGGCUUACUGAUGGAGAUGAUAAGAAGGAGGCCAAGGUGUGGCCUGCUGAGAAGGGGAUGGUGGGGAUGACGGCGAGUACUUCGCGGGGAACAGUGGCACGAUUUGCUCUGGAUGCCGCUGAGAAGAGCGAGUGGGAUGGCAAGGAUCCCAUUAUCCUUAAUUGA